AUGAUAUCUAAAUUGGUCACACUCGCUCUCCUGAGCAGAUUCAUCCUCUGUUCCUCUCUUCCAAAUGUACCAGGUGCUACCUUUGGGUCCUCACCAAGCCCUUUUGAAGUAGAAGUUGACCCCGGGUUUAUUGACAGUGUCUAUGACCGGGUUCUUCACGCCCGAUCCCCUGCCCCCCUCGAUGGACUAAAUCCGGCUAAUGCAGAUGGACCGGGACUUGACGAUUUCCAUAAAAUACGCGACUUUUGGCUGCACGAAUACGACUGGAACAAGACCCAGCAGUCAAUCAACGAGAAAUUCAAGCAAUUCACAACCACCGUGGAAUCGCCACAGUCCAAUUACUCCCAUCCAGUGCCCUUGCAUUUUGUGCAUCAUCAAUCACCCCGGACUGACGCUUCUCCGCUUCUCUUCAUCCACGGCUGGCCAGGAUCAUUUCUAGAAGUUGAACAUAUCAUUGACCUGUUAACGAACCCGCCCAAUUCCUCACUACCUGCAUUCCAUGUGGUAGCCCCAUCAAUCCCCGGGUUUGGCUUUUCGCCUGCUCCCCAAUAUCCCGGAUACGGUCCCUUAGAAGCAGCACAUAGUUUCAACAGCCUGAUGAUCCAGUUAAACUAUACCAAAUACCUAAUCAAUGGAGGCGACUUUGGAAGCGUCAUCCUUCGCUUCCAAGCAAACGCAUACCCGGAAAACGUCGUCUCCGUGCUAUCAAACUUUUGGGUGAUACGGCCAAAUGCUACAGACAAUGCCCGCCUCGCAGCAAAUACGACAACGCCGGACGAAACACAAUACAUGACGGCCUUGAACAACUACGUGACCAAAAAUUCCGGUUACAGAUUUAUUCAGCAGACGCAGCCGCUCACUGUGGCAUAUUCACUGACUGACUCUCCGCUGGGGUUCGCAGUCUGGAUCUGGUCCCUGAUUAAACACACCCUUGACCCAGCAAUAAAAAAAUUCACGCCACAGGAACUCAUCACCUGGUCAAUGAUGUACACCAUCCAGGGACCCUAUGCCGGCCUAAGAUUUUACAAAGAGAGCCAACAAGAAGGCAAUUUUGAAGGAUUCUCCUUUGGCACUUUGCCCUAUGUCAGCCAGCCCGCAGCGAUCAGCGAGUUUCCGUAUGACGCCUGGUUUGGCUUGCCAUUGGACUGGGCGCAACGAGAAGGGAAUGUGCAGGUGAGGUAUGUCCAUACGCGAGGAGGACAUUUUGCAGCGUACGAGGUUCCAGAGUUGUUGGCUCGGGACUUGUGGACGUGGUUUGGGGGGCUUGUCUAG